CCGGGGAAGUGGCAGAGAGUCACUCACCAAAAAGUUCCCUUUCCUUCUGCUGUUUAUCUUGAAGUGUGUCACAUGAUAUUCCGCUGUCAAAUUUUCUUCUGAUCGAGGUUCAAGUCAGACUCAUUCUCGAUACACUAUUGACCUACCGCGAUCCUCGUCCUCCACGAGCACUCUUCCCUCGAGACCCAAACUUCUCGACCAAAGUGCCAAAUAAUCUGUUUCUCGACCGAUAAUAAAAACCAUAACCGCCCAAUAUGGUCGCCGACGCCCUCAUCUACCACCCCUCGGUGGCGCACUACCUGCGCUUCGUCGCCACUACCGUCGGCCGCGACAAGGUCCUCCGCGUCCUGCAGUACUUUGCCCGCUUCUACGCCUGGUACCUCUACCGCACCAACGGCUCCCCCGCCGAGGUGGCCCCCUGGGAUGCCAUGAAGAAGCAGUUCGGCCUCGCCCGCAAGAUCAUGCGCGCCGGCAAGAACGUCGAGCACUUCAAGGCCGCCGCCGUCGCCGCCGAUGCCAAGGCCGGCACCAUGGACCCCGUUCUGCGCUACGCCGCCGUCGGGAGGCAGCUGGGCUACGCGGGCUACCUCACCCUCGACUUGGCCACCCUGCUUGACGCGACCGGCAUCCGCCGCAGCGAGUCCGCCAAGAGCCUGCAGCGCGAGGCCUUCCGCUUCUGGGCUAUGGGCUUAAUGUGCUCUGUGGCUGCGCAAGUGUAUACACUCUACCAGCUGAGGGUGCGGGAUGCCAAGGUGGAUAGGAAGGAGGGCGAGGGCGUGGUGGAAAGCAAGAGGAUAGCCAUUGAGCGCUCCGCCAGCCAGCUGCAGCUGCUGUCCGACCUCUGCGACCUGACUGUGCCUUACUCCGCCCUUGGUUGGGUUGCUUUGGACGAUGGCAUCGUCGGUCUUGCCGGAACCGUCAGCAGUUUGAUCGGCUUGUACAACCAGUGGAAGAAGACGGCCUGAAAUCCUUACUUCCCCCUUUAAGAAGAAGAGGUGUUUGGUCUUUGUUGAUGAGGAGUGACGGUGGAUCAAAACUAGGAGGAUUUUUUGCUUGUAGCGUCUGAUGAGAGAAGUCUCUUUUUCACCUUUCCAUUCUUUCUCUCAUUUAAUUGAUACGGCCACGAUCACUCCAGUGCGGCUUCGCAGCUUUUUUUUUUUUCCCGGUCUGGUUUUUGUUAUCUGUACGAUUCUGGGCAUGUAUGUUGGAUGACGAGCUUUUCUUAAUGGGAGUCGAUUUUGUUCAUAAUACCUGUAGCUGUAGAUCGCAAGAUUGCGAGGAAAGCGGAACGUGUGUGUCCGAGAAUGGCAUGGACUCUGGAUACC